AGACAGUACCACAUCUGCGCUAUUUGGAAUCCCGUUUCUCAUCAACCUAAAUAGAUAUGACCCAUAGAUACUCACUUGCUACGAAAGUCGGAUGCGUCCUCUUGUUGUUUUACUGUCUCCUCCUAAAGAUUAGCUUCCUCAGAGAUUUUCACAAAACAAGCAUUUACAACUCAUCAGGACACAAAGUAAGCUUGGCGGACUUUACUCCAUCCUACAGAUACACCAUGUUGCCAAACUUGUCCCUCUGCCAUGAUUCACGUGAAAAUAAACCUCUUAUGGUGGUCACUGUUUUGUCCGUUGCAAGCCAUAGUGAACUUCGUCGAGCGAUCCGCGAAAGUUGGGCAUCUGCUAAAAAUUCGGAUUCUAUUAAGACCGGUCAUGUAGUAGUGUUCUUCAUUUUAUCAUCUCCAUCAUCUAUUUAUGAGGUAUACAAAGUGCAGAAAGAGCAAUUCAAGUAUAACGACUUGAUUGUGACAGAUCUGCCAGAAACCUACGAAGAUCUAUUUUUGAAGGUGUAUGCUACACUUGUCUUCCAUCAACAAUACUGUCAUUCGGCACGCUUCCUCAUGAAAGUUGACGAAGAUAUUGCCGUGCAUCUUGAUCGUAUGCUUGAAUCUUGGACUAUAGACGAUCAAGCUAGUAGUUCCUUGUUCUGUCAUUUGCUGAGGAAAACACCACGUAUAACGGACUCUCAUCAUAAAUGGUACGUGCCAGAUAGUGUAUGGCCUGAGCCCUACUUUCCCACUUAUUGCAUGGGUGGCUUGUACGUGAUGGGCAAAGAAGCUGGGCAACUUAUUCUUGACUAUGCCCGCAUAUUCCCUCCGCUAAUUAUAGAGGACUUAUUUUACACAGGCAUUGUUGCCGAAAUAGCGGAUGUCCAGAGAAUUGAUUGGAGAGGUAACAUAAUAUGGAAGGACUUCUGGCGACGAAAACGAUUGCCAUGUAAUGGAUCGGAGCCGGUGCUCUUUGCGGUUCAUUCGUUGCCUUCACCCGGACAGAUGCGGAAAGGUUUCCGACGCUUGAAGGAUUAUGAUUGCACAAGAUGAAAGCUAAAAUCAUGACAUAAUUCUAGCUUUCAGUCCACAGUGCUUAGAGAAGAUUCAUUAGAGGUACAGAGUCAUAAAAGAUAUAUCAAAAAUCCAAAAAAUGUCUUAUCAGAUGAUAAAAAUAAAUUUGAUUUGCUA